CUUUGCACAGGUUUUGAUAAAUUUCCCCCGAUAUCAUGUGAAUACAGGCCAAGGCUGUACGUCAGGUGUAGAUAGCGGCAAAGUCUCAUGAAAACCUGCAUCCUUAAUUACAUUUACCACACACACCCUCUGUAGUCAGAGCUGCCCCUUUAAUUAGACCCCUCCCUCUUUACCGGCUACACUUCAGAUUUAAACACAAGCAGCGGGUUAUGGGAAGCAGGAACAAGGGGGGUUUAAAUUGUGGAUUGAGGGGGUGUGGGUUUGUGUCGGCGAUACGUGAGUACGUAGAAAAUACGUGACGUAAGACAACCAUAUACUUUUGACUGCGCUAAAUAAUUGCGUCAAAAUUAGACCAAAAAAAAAUAAAAUAAUAAUUUCCCGCCCUAAUGAGUCUCUUGUAAUAGACAGACAGCAAGUUAGUUUAUUAUAAGAAUGCCUAAACUCUGUACACGUGUAUCCCUGUAUACAUGAGGUGGCGGUGCCGCACCGGGCCGUGUGUACACAGUAAUGUCCGCAGCAGGCUGAUCGUCCUGUUACCAGGUAACAUAAGCGUUUUUUGGGAGUUGCCCAUUAUCCUGUACCCUCCCUACCCCCCAGCUACAUGAUGUCAGCCGCCUACUCCGGGGUCACCUACCUGGCUCCCUGCACUCAGCCUCAGCUCUAGUGGUGUCGCACAACGUUCCGCAGCCUCCUCCAGCACAAGUAUUGAUGACAUGGAGCUGAAAGAGGAAUGGCAGGACGAAGAGUUCCCAAGGCCCCUGCCAGAGGAGACUGUGGCAGAAGAGGACAUAGAUUCCAAAGAAGAGGAUCCCUCAGCUUGUCCUCCCAGUACGCUGGAUCUGUGCGGUAACCGCCAUAUGAAGAAACGACUGUCCGCCCCAGAUAUCACCUUUAACCUGGACAACAGCCAGGAGUCCGCCGUCUCCAGCGACACCCGCGACACCACCACCGAGGAAGACUUCGAUUUUGACAUCGAUGACCUGGAGACCCCAAACAGCAGCGAAUUACUAGAUGUGAGCCACGAAUUUGAGUGGGAAGAUGAUCUCCCGAAGGUGAAGGGAGGUGAAGAAGAUGUUUCCUUUGUUGAAAACCGAGUGACGGACAUGGAAGAUCAAAAUGGCCGCAAAUGGAGGAUAUUUCUGAUGGGGGAGCACAAGGUGGAUAUGACGGCCAUCGAACCGUAUAAGAAAGUCGUAUCCCCUGGAGGUUACUAUGGCGACGGGUUGAACGCCAUCAUUACGUUUUCCUCCUGUUACCUCCCCGAGAGCAAUAUCCCAGAUUAUCAGUACAUCAUGGACAAUCUCUUCAGGUACAUCAUUGGAACCCUGGAUCUUCUGGUUGCAGAGGACUACAUGAUAAUCUAUCUGAACGGAUGUACCCCCCGCACCAAAAUCCCCCCCAUCAGCUGGAUCAAGCGCUGUUACCGGGCCACAGGGAGACGGUUAAAGAAAAAUCUGAAGUCGGUCCUCGUCGUGCACCCUACGUGGUACGUGAAAGCCCUACUGGUCAUCACAAGGCCUUUUAUCAGCUCCAAAUUUGGAAAAAAAGUGAAAUUUGUCAACAGUCUAGCGGAUCUGUCGCAGCUCGUUUCGUUAGAUAGGGUUCACUUACCGGACUGUAUUCAAGAGUUGGACCAUGAAUUAAACCGAUAGCUCCCUGGAUAAAAGUUGUGAAUGUAGAAAAAUUUUUUACACCAUAAAUUGCACAAGAUCUGGACAAUAGGACGUAACACGGAGACACGGAGCGACUGCGCUCAUCGCACUGGAAAUAGCACAGAUGAGUGGCUGUAAAUACCGACAACACUGUAGACACCAGUGGCAACAGAACAGCGCCACCUGGUGGCCAAACUCUUGGGAAUGUUUAUACAAUGUCAUACAGUGAAGCUGAAGCAGUGACGGGAUCCGUAGACGUUACGUUCUCAUUGGGACUGUGUCCUGUAAAGGUUUAUUCGGACUCCCUCUUCCUCUUUUUGUAUGCGGUGAAGUCUAUGACGUGGAAUUUGUAGAAUGUCCUAUUACGAAAUGUUUACAUACCUAUAUUUAUGCGUUCUUAUGUCACGGUAAUCUCUUUCCUCUCCGUGUCUCUUUAUAUAUUGCACUUUGGGUAGUAAUAAUCUUGGAAGGAGGACCACCAAAAAUUCUGUAUAGUUUAAAAGAAAGAAAAAAAAAAUCCCCAUGACAACACUUCCUGCCCCUGUGGUCUGACACAUCAGUGUUGUCAUAGGGACAUUGGGGGAGAUUUAUCAAAAGUUGUGCAGAGGAAAUGUUGACCAGUUGCCCAUAGCAACCAAUCAGAUCGACCCUUUAAUGUUUAAAAAGUCCUCUGAAAAAUGAAAGAAGCGAUGUGAUUGGUUGCAGCAAAUCAACUUUUCUUCUGCACCGGUUUUGAUAAAUCUCCCCCACUGAGCUUCACCUCAACCAAUUAACUCUUAAAUCCCCAUGACAACCCUUCUUGCUCCUGUGCUCUGACAGAUCAGUGUUAUCAUAGGGACUUCACCUCAACCAAUCAUCUCUUAAAUCCCCAUGACAACCCUUCCUGCUUCUAUGCUCUGACAGAUCAGUGUUAUCAUAGGGACUUCACCUCAACCAAUCAACUCUUAAAUCCCCAUUACAACCCUUCCUGCCUCUGUGCUAUGACAGAUCAGUGUUAUCAUAGGGACUUCACCCCUCAACCAAUCAUCUCUUAAAUCCCCAUGACAACCCUUCCUGCUCCUGUGCUCUUACAGAUCAAUGUUAUCAUAGGGACUUCACCCCUCAACCAAUCAUCUCUUAAAUCCCCAUGACAACCCUUCCUGCUCCUGUGCUCUGACAGAUCAGUGUUAUCAUAGGGACUUCACCUCAACCAAUCAACUCUUAAAUCCCCAUGACAACCCUUCCUGGUCCUGUGCUCUGACAGAUCAGUGUUAUCAUAGGGACUUCACCUCAACCAAUCAUCUCUUAAAUCCCCAUGACAACCCUUCCUGCUCCUGUGCUCUGACAGAUCAGUGUUAUCAUAGGGACUUCACCCCUCAACCAAUCAUCUCUUAAAUCCCCAUGACAACCCUUCCUGCUCCUGUGCUCUGACAGAUCAGUGUUAUCAUAGGGACUUCACCUCACCUUCAUCUCUUUCAUUUUCUUACGGUUAGUAAAAUGACAAUAUAGGUUGUGAACGUCUGUGACGUCCAGUGGUCCCUGGGAUCACACAAAGGUAUUGGGGCAGGAAGUGUUGUAAUAGGGACACAGGCCUCUGCUAAGAGAUCACAGUUUAACAUGACUUAUUAAAACGUUUGGGUAUGUGUUCUUGUCAAUAAACUUUAUUGACCUAGUCCCAUAAUACAGUGGUCCCCAAUCGAGUCCUCAAGGUCACAAUUGCAUUCAGGGUUUUUUCAGUAACUCCACUGGAAUAGAACAGGGAAAAAUGAAAACCCUGUACAGCCUUCGGCUGUCCGGGCAUGCUGGGAGUUGUAGUUUUGCAACAGCUGGAGGCACCCUGAUUGGGAAACACUGCCAUAAGGACUGGGCUGGGGACCUCUGCUGUAGUGGACACUUGGUAUCUUACAUACCCCUACGCCAUUUGCUGCAGCUAAGGGCUGUCAGGAAUUCUGGGAGUUGAAGUUUUGCAACAUCUGGAGGGUCACCAGUUUGAGACCCCUGCCCUACAUGUAUAAAGGUGCCAUCUUGUUACAUAUAAGAAUAGUCUAUAUUUUGUUAGGGUCCUUCCCCUUGGGCCUGGGUGCUACAGUGCCAUGAUAUUUUCAGUUUAAGCAAGUGACACUUUUUUUUUAUAGGGUGGAACUCCCUAUUUUUUUUUAUUUUUUUUAAAUUUAUUUUUUUAAAUCAACUG